AGCUCCAGUCCAAAAAUCCCUAACCAGAUGCUCCAUCAUCUCUUUUAGGGACAGAGCUGAAAGGAGGAGAUCCUGGAUUUCACUUCAGACAUUCAGAAGAUUCUGAAAACCAAAGUUGGGCUGCAACAUGUACAGAUUUAAAUCUGACUGUUGGAUUUGGUCUCCUGGUCCCCAUUUGUGUCACCUUCCUCAACAUUCAGGGAGCAUUGCGUCAGGUGUGCUGAACAACCAAGAAGAGCAAGAAGAGGAGAAUGAAGCAGAAGAUUUUUCUGUUGUGUGCCACCACACCACAGGUUGUGAUGACAUGGUCAGUCAGGUUGCUGAUGCUCAGUGGUCCACCUACGAACCUCCAGUGCACUUACAGAUCCCCACCACAUCAGGCCUGACUGAAUGUGAUCCAGGUGCUCAUUCAUCACAGCAUCCAGUAACAGUGAUGGAGGCUGAUCAGGGAGAAAUAUCCCAACAUUUCAUUGGAAGUUAUUGCUGGGAAGAUCCAAGAAUUGAAACUCACAGAUGUGUUUACAGACAAGGGGAUCAAGAAGAUUUGGAGCCAUGCUGGACACAGUCUCCGCUCAUUUACUACGAAGCUAUGAGGAACGUGGUGGUAGGAGUGGAGGUGGUUGAGGAAGUAGCUGUUGAAGACACUCUGGAAAUAAUAACAGAGGAAAUAUAUGCCAAUGGCCAGAUGGAUCUUGAGGUUUUGGAGGAUGAACAGCUCUACCCUACAUAAAGAAUCACUGCCUUUAAUUAUUUUCUGGUUUCUCUGAAUGCACUCUAAACAAAGCUAUAUGCACAUAUUCAUCUAAAUUUUUUAUGUUACAUUAUUGCUAUAUUUAUUGUUGUCUUGGUGUGUUUCUGAUACAAAAAUCUAUUGUAUUCUUUGAUCAAUAAAAAUAAUUAUGUUUAA